GCCUCAUUUAGUUUACAACGCGAAUUCGUUGCCAACGGAAUAAUGCUGAAAGUUGCAGUCAUUGGAGCUGGUGUGAAUGGUGUGUCGAGUGCAAUUAAAAUACUCGAGCAUUUUCAGAAUGCCAACAAGAAUGUGCAGGUGACAAUAAUAUCGGACGAAUUCUCACCAAACACAACGGGCGAUGGAUCUGCGGGACUCUGGGGACCCUUUUUGCUCGGUGGCACCGAUGAGAAGAAAGUCUACAAAUGGUCCAAGGAUGUGCAUCAGUUUCUGGAACAGAUCUGGUUGAGUGAGGAUGCCGGAGAGGCGGGAGUGUGUCUACUUCCCUGCGUGCGUUUGAGCACAGAUCCGAAUGCCAGUGUGGGCGACUUUUGGCGUGAUAUUGUCUAUGGAGCAGUUGAUCUAACACCCUCACAACUAGAGGUAUACAACAGGAACAGAGAUGUUAAGUUCACUUCGGGACUCUCUUUUGUUACCUACACUUCGGAACCCAUCAAACUGUUGCCUUUUCUGAUGAAGCGUUUUGUGCGCAGAGGAGGAAUUGUGCAGCAACAGCGAAUUACGAAUCUGGAGGGUUUCAUUAAGGAUUCCUCAUACGAUGUGAUUGUCAACUGCACUGGGCUCGGCUCACGGCAGCUGCUCAACGAUGAGCAAAUGUAUUCUGUGCGUGGUCAAGUGUCGCGGGUCAAGGCCAAUUGGAUUUACUCCGCAGUGCUAGACGAAAGUGACGAUGGCAAUUACAUUAUACCCAACACUGAAUCUGUCGUGCUGGGCGGCACUCAUCAGGAGAAGGACUACAACCUCAAGGUUUGUCCGCAGGAUAAAAGCUUCAUUAUUGACGGUUGCCGUCGCCUGUUGCCGGGUCUACAUCAUGCUCAGCAUAUGUUCGAUUGGGUUGGUCUGCGUCCGGGACGCGACCAACUCCGUCUCGAGGCCGAAAGAUGUGGAUCGAAGCUGGUCAUACACAACUAUGGACACGGUGGCAGUGGUGUCACACUCGCCUGGGGCUGUGCUGAGGAUGUGCUGCAACUGUUGCUAGCGGCACAACUCAAAUCGAAAUUGUAACUGCAACUCGACUGUAAGUGUGCGUGUUAUCAGCAGCAAAUCAAGCACUUGACGCUAGAAUACUAAUUGUCCAAACAUACGACUAUUUGCUUAUACGAUGUCUAUAUACUCGAUCAGCUGCAAUAAACAAAGCUUAUCACAUUUCUGUUAUCAGGUUUGCUCGUAUGUGGAUUUGCCUCGAAUUCAACUGGUUCCAGAGUAAAUUUGAUUUUUGAAAUUGCAGCCCUUGAAUGAA